UUCAAUUGUACAUCCCUAGAAGUAGCAAACUUGAAGUGUUAUCUAUGCAUAAAGUUGACAAGGCGUAAAGCAAUUGGGAGUCAUCUAUGGCUUUGCAGGAGUGUUAAGAAAGUUAUAAUAUCGAAGUGCAUAUAUUCCGUUUUAGUUGAUUGGUGUUCAAUAUGAAAUGCGAACUUUGCGACUCAGACGAAAGUGACCAGGUUCAAUAUGGCAAAUUUUACAUUGAACACUGUAAAGCUGUGCAUAUGAAUUGUUUGCUUUUGUCUACUGGAUUGCAACGGAGGGGUUAUAGUGGUACUAGCAUUAACGGUUUUUUGCUUAGUGAUAUUGAAAAGCAACGUCAACUGGCCUCUAAAAACAAAUGCUGUUACUGCGACAAAAGAGGGGCUAAUAUUUCCUGUUGGAGAGUAAAUUGUGAACGGUGGUUUCACUUGGUUUGUGGCGUUAAAAACGGUGCCAGGAAUCAAUUUAUCGCACCCUACCGUUCAUAUUGCAAUAGACAUAUAAAGAAGCCUACCUAUCGACCAAAGCCCAAUGAAAUCUGUUGUAUUUGCUAUGAAAAUUUGUUCACCGAAAUGAAUCGCUUUAAUGCGGUGGACAUGUUGCGUGCUCCUUGUUGCCGUAAUGGUUGGUUCCAUAAAUUCUGCUUACAGAAAUAUGCCCAAACAGCUGGUAAUUCCUUUAAAUGUCCGCUAUGCAACAACGUAGAGAGGUUUGGGAGCUGUUUGCCAUAUUGGGGCGUGGCUAUCUAUAACACCAUUCCUGAGUGGGAAUUGACUUCCAAUGCGCCUGAGAAUGUUUACGAACGUAACUUCGUGUGUGAUGCCCUUAGAUGCAUUAAUCCGUUGGGACGCACUCACCAUACUGGCUCAAAUCCAAUAUAUACUUGCACUAUAUGCGGAAAUGUCACGCAACAUUUUUUGUGUGCAAGAUAUUCAGAUUCUCCUUUUGCGUGUGACUUCUGUAUACUAGGUGGAAGGCUUACGCGUGAAAGCAGUGAAGAAUCAAUUUUCGAUGACUAUAUAAAUCCGGGUUAUCAAAAUAGCAGUUAUAACAAUUCACGGGAAUCAACUAAUAGCACUAGCAAAGGUUUGCAUUGGUUCAUCCGGAUCGCUGACAAUGUGCUUUGUCACCCUUUUAUUGUACUGCGACGGCAAUGCCAAAUUUACAAUGCUUCCAGACGCUAUCAUUUACAGCCAUUUUCUUUGGUGCCGAUCAUAAUGCAGUUGUAUCGUCGAAAAGAUGUCAUCACAUUUUGGAAUGGUUUGGGCGAAUGCCUGAUUUGCCGCUGCUUUUCGUGGGUAUUUGACAAGAUCUUCUACUUUUUCAUAGAAAAAGAGAACUUCUUCUGCUAUUUGUUGGUUAAGAGUAUGAAUGUUGCAGUAAUGUUUCUUUUUAAUGCCGGUUGCUUGGUGGCCACCGUAGCAGGUUCGGAUGGAUUGCUUUUUCCGCAAAGGUUGCUACCGUUGUUGUCAAUUUAUGUUCCUUGCCUGUGUAUGGAAAUCGCAAAAGAUAUAUUUGGAGCGUUCAUUAGAAAUCGGGUAUGGGCGAUUAUGCGAAAAUCAAAUCAACAGGUGUGUCGACGCGAAUAUGAUGGAGUAGAAAAUCAAAAGGCGGAAAUUUGCACAAAUCUGAUCACGCGAAUUAUUACCGAAGUUGUAUUUUAUCCGUUUGAAACGGUUUUAAGUCGCAUUCAGAUACAAGGCACCAAAAGCAUUAUAGAUAAUCUUGAUAAUGGUAAAACUAAGGUGCUUAUACAAACUGAUUAUAAAGGGGCCGCCGAUUGUUACCGAACUAUAGUAAAAAAUGAGGGCUUCUCUGGGCUUUACAAAGGAUUUGGGGCAUUAACUUUGCAGUUUGCUGCACAUAUUGUCAUCGUAAAGAUUGCAAACUGGAUUUUUUAAAAACCACGCUCAAUACAAGUGCGUUCUGUACAAACUAGAACCAUUAACUGACUAUUAAUAUAAAGGGUUUUCCAAUAAGAGGUGUUGUUUUCAUAAAAGAUCAAUGGUUUCGUUGCUUGUGUGGCACCUAGCGCCGUCUUGUUGAAAAUAAACGUUAUCCAGAUCAAUACCAUCCAAUUCCGGCCAUAAAAAAUCGUUAAUCAUCUCUCUAUAGCGCAAUCCAUUCACCGUCACUGUUGCUCCAGCUUCAUUUUUCAAAAAGUAAGAUCCAAUGACUCCACCGGACCAUAAACCGCAUCAAACAGUCGCACGUUGAGGAUAGAGAGGCUUUUCAACAAUAACUCUUGGAUUCUCUGAGCCCCAGAUCCGACAAUUUUGCUUGUUGACGAAACCACCGAGAUGGAAAUGGGCCUCAUCACUCAGGAUGAUUUUUCGAUGGAAUUCCGGAUCAUUUUCAUGCAUUUCAACUACCCAAUCAGCAAAGAUACGACGUUGUUGAUGAUCGGCCGGCUUGAGUUCUUGUGUUAACUGGACUUUAUAAGCCUUAAGACCCAAAUAUUUAUGCAAACUACGGUGUAAUGACGUUUGUGGAAUGCCUAAUUCCAAAGAACGACGAGGAAUGGACAAACCUGGAUUUUCUUCAACAAUUUCGGCUACAACAGCAAUAUUUUCGGCUGCUCUUCAGCGGCGUGCACGGUUUUUAUUCUUCACAUCACUAACUUGUUCCAACAGCUCGAAUUUUUUCACCAAUUUCUGUAUUGCGGGCCGACAAGGUGCUUCACGAUUAUCCAAAAAUGUUCGACCUUUACGAACCGUCUCUGCCAAAUUUUCACCAUUUUUAUAGUGUAUCGUUCUAUUUUUAUUAAUGGCGUAGUUUCUACUUGUCAAAUAUCAAAAAAUGACAGCUUCAAAAGUGACAUCUACCGAAAUAGCGGGCUAUUCAAAAUAACACCUGUUAUUGGGAAACCGUUUACAAUGAAAACGGGUUUAGUAAAGAAAAUUGUAUAAUUGUAUGUAAAAUAAUAAAGUUGAGGAUGGAUACCAGA